UCGUCAGGAUUUUUUGCUCCCUUCGAGAGCCACGUAGCUGACGAUGUGUUAGAGCUUAUGCCAGCGAAGUCUGCGCGGUAUACUUCCAAGGAAAUAGGCCUCUCCAUAUUCCUCGGGAACUCCUACAUCAAAACGCAGAACUCACUUCCCGGGAUAUGGCGAUAGGCUGUUAUUCUUCAUCCUUCCGCGAACUUCAUUUGGACGAUAUCGCCUACGACACCGGCCAUAUCCUUAUCCACUCUUUGAAUACUGGCAGCUAUCAGUGUCUGAAGCCACAGGGAGAUACUACUGCCAAGAGGUAUACACCCGAGUUUGCAACUGCACUUCGCGGACUGGGCAACAAGUUAAGCUUACUUUCUUUGAUAUCAUGGAAGAGUCAUGGUUGUCUUUGAGCACUUCGCCGGGGAUAGUCGCGUAUGCUGAGUCUCGCUUUCUUGCUUUCGCGGAGAGUGUUACCCAUCCAAUUGCAGAGAAGGUGCUCUCUGAGAUUGGAACCCCCAAUACGCUCAGCAAGGUACUUCUGAAGGAGAUGUUACUGCUUAAGACUUCAGAAGUGCCUCAAAGGGAUGGAUCGUUUCGGAAGGAGGUACUAGUGGAGAUCCUCCGGGGCCUCACCGAUAGCAAACCUGGAGCAGGAGCUUUGAGGAGCAAGGUCUCGGAUGUAGAUCAAGCUAUGAAGGAAGCCGAGGCCGUCGUUAUCGCCGAGGCCGUCGUUAUCGCCGAGGAGGAGGCAGAGCUGGCUGCCAAGAAGGCGAAGGCAAAGAAACGCAAGCUCAACAAGACAGAUGCUCAGCGUUUCAACAUUCUGACUGAGAAUGCGGCGGAACGAGCUGAGGCGAAAGCUGCCGCCGCCUCCGCCGCCGCUGAAUCUGCACCUCCUGUCGACGACGAAGAGAUUUUCGAAGAUACGCCCACUGAGGAGGACAGGACGUCCGAAGACACUCCCGCUGAUGAGGACAAGCCUGCUGAAGCCACACCUCCUGUGGAGGAGGAUAAGCCUGCUGAAGUCACACCUCCUGCAGAGGAGGAUGAGCCUGCGGAGGGCAGGGUCGCUUCAGCGGAGCAGUCGUUUGUGUUCCCAACACCAGAGGUGAAACCGUGUGAGAACAAAGACGGCUUGGAUCCUUAUCGGCUCCAAGCCACAGGAGAUAUGGGCUUUCCGGAGCUGGCAUCCGCGGAGAACCCUAAACUGAAUGCCUAUGAUUUGGGGGGUUACAUCCAAGUUUCUCCAUCUUCCCCAGCCUCUGACAACUCUUCUCUGCAGAUCUAGAACUGGCCGAAUUACCCAAAUGUACUAUGAUGCUGUGUUGGCUGCAUAAGUGGAUGUGUCGCAUCCAGUAUAAGCCAGUAUUUCACUACGUAUUAGCGGAGUGUACAUUACCUUUUGCAUGGUGCAACUGAGAAUUUGACAGGACGCCUCUGCCCGGGGCCAAUCAUCGGCGGGCUGGGUUUCGGAGGAUGUGGCGCAACAAUACUGGAAUCCAACAAGUAAUAGUUGGGAAUGACAAUGGUGAUCU